UUUGAGCUGUGGUGUGUGUCAGGCAGAUGCAGGAGCAGAGAGCAGCUGGGGAGAAGACUGAGGACAUGGUGAAGCAUGGCUGGGACAAUGCAGUUCCUGGCUUGGCUAGUGGUAGCCACUUGCCUUCUCUCUGGGGUGUCUACAACUCAGCACCAUGCAGCCCCAGCCCACCCCUUAUAAGGCUCCCCUUGGCAGCUGCUCUGGGCUGGGCUGGAGCUGGAUAUCGUGAGGCAGCUGUACAUCCAGGACGAGGAACUGAUGUCCACACAUCCAGGUCGCCGACUCAGGCUGCUCCUGCAGCACCAUGUGCCCAGUGACUUGAAAGGUGCUAAGCAGCAGCUGCAGCAGUUCCAGAACCUGCGCAAAGGGCCUCCUCUUAGCCCUUUGGACUUUAAACAUCUGCUCCUCACAGGCCUGUCCUGUGUCCACCAACUCCAUGAGGCUAGUGAGGCUGAGGAGAGGGGCCACUGGGCCCAGGUCUUCAUCCUCCUAGCACAGGAAACACUCUGGGACCUGUGCAAGGACUUCUGUCCCCAGGGCCCCCCUUCUCUGGGGCCCUGGGCCUCAGUCCUUGACCCCUUCCCCUAA